AUGUUCAACUACCUGAGUUUGAUAUAUAAAUCCAUGGAGGGAAUAAACAUAGUUGGACUUUUUGGAAAGCCAGUAGAAUUGCCACCAUCAGGAGAACUGAGGUAUCUGUCCUCCUGGAAAAUGGCUGCAGAAGCACUCUAUAAUGCCGUACAAAAUGGCUCAAUUGAGGGCAUCCAGAAACUGUUGGAAGACGGUGUAGAUAUCAAUUCUAAAGUGAAUAAUCAUGGCUUCACAGCUCUCCAUUGUGCAGUUUGUGACAACAAGGAGGAAAUUGUCUCCUUUCUUCUUGAAAAGGGGGCUGAUCCACGUGCUAGAAAGGAUAAUGGAGCUACUCCUUUUAUCACAGCAGGGAUAACAGGCAACGUGAGGCUUCUGGAGCUCUUGCUUGACUCCAGAGAAAGAAUCAAUGAGUAUGACUUCAAUGGCUUCACAGCAUUGAUGGAGGCUGCUUGGCAUGGGAAAGAGGAAGCCCUGAAAUUCCUGUCUGGCUGUGGGGCAGAUGUCAAUUUCGCCAGAGUAGUGGAUAAGGAGAAAAGGGCCCUGAAUAGAGGCGGCAGAACAGCCCUGAUGGAUGCUGCAGAGAAUGGCCACGUUGCUGUCGUCAAAGCCCUGGUAGAAGAAAUGGAAGCUGUUGUGAACAUCUGUGACAAUAAGGAUAGGAAUGCAUUAGUCCAUGCUCUGUCCAUGACUAAAAAUAAGAACUGGGACCAGGACAAAGAGGCCAUCGCCCUUUUCCUCUUACAACAUGGGGCUGUUGUGAACAAGAAAGAUGCAUCAGAAAGAACUACCCUGAUUUUGGCAGUUGAAAACCAGAGCCAAAAGCUGGUGAAGGCUCUGUUGGAAAAAGAGCAAGUUGACAUCAAUGCUGCCGACAAAAAUGGAAGAACAGCACUAAUGGUCGCCACUGAGAAGAAAAACUGGGACAUAGCAAAGACAUUGUGUGAAAAGGGGGCGAGGACAGACAUUGGGGACCCCAUUGGAAUUGCAUGUAGAACUUAUCACCUUGAGAUGGUGAAACUGCUUCAGCAAUAUGGUGCCAUGGCUAGUUCAAGUCAGCCCCAGAAACACUGGACCCCAGUCAGCAAACACUGGGGACCCAAGCUGCAGGAGCUCUAUGGGAAAAGCUGCGUUGCUAUUGGAAAACUCAGGAUCUACAAAGCAAAUUGUGAUUUCAGGUUCCUGGAAACCUCUCAGGGUGGUGUCUACCUGGGAUUUUAUGAUGAAAAAGAAGUGGCUGUGAAGAUAUUCAAGAGUGAAUCAGCAAAUGCCAAGUGUGAGAAAACCUGCCUUGAAAAAUGCCGUACUACCAGCAAAUAUCUGGUAAAGUUCUAUGGGUCGGAAGAAGAAAAUGCCUGUCUCUACAUUUGCCUCUCCUUGUGUGAGAAGAAUCUUGAGGAGUACUUGAAGACAUCAAAUCAUGCAACUCUGAAGAGUGAAGAUAUUCUUCCAACAGUCUUUCAGGCAGUGCAAGAGCUGCAUACGUUUGGAUUUGGCCACCAAGAUCUGCACCCACGUAACAUUUUGAUAGGUUUGUAUUCUUUAGAAUUUGGCUGCCAAAUACAGUCCACAUGGGAGUCCACACCGUGCACUCCAGUGCAGACCCCCUGAGCUGAAUGGGACAGAUGAAUUGUGGGGGAGAAGGAGGUUUUAAAAACCUGGCAUAUCUCGUGACUUAUUUGCACAAGCCGUCUUUUUGCAAUGUUACCAUUUCCUCUUGCUGCCUCAAGAUGAGAAAGGAAACCUGAAUGUGAUGGGCUUCAGUCCUCUGGAGCAGAGAAACAAGCACAAGCUGCUUAGUUUGGGUCUUCGACUCCUGCUUUCAGUUCUCAUUGUUGUAAUCACAUUGGAGACAGUGUGAUCCAGCCAAUAGAUUUGUUUUGUUCUUGGAGGAAAGUUAGAUGUGGUGUUGGCAAUUCCUUGUGCAUACACAUGGAAUUGUCCCCACCACAUAA